AUGUGGCCCACAGAAUCUUGCCAGGGAAUCUUAAAUUGCCUUUAUCCAAAGCCAGCACACUCGACAUCACCUGCCCCGUGUUCGAAUCCUUCUGAACAAAAGCUUGUGCACCUUGAACGAAAACGACCCUCAGAUACGACUCCCUCAACUGGGAGCUCCGCGACGACGUCGUCUGAAAGGCUUGACACACAGGGUACUCGAUCAUCUGAUCCCAUGCCAUGUUCCAACUACGGCCUGGAUCCUGCGAAUCGUAAUACUUCUGGCCAAUCUCCAGAUACAGAAGGUUCCCUUCACCUCGCAUCUGGAAGCGACUCUUCCAGCCCUGAAGCACCUUCUUCCAUUUCCUCCACCUCCUCCACCUCCUUGCCCAGGGACUCGGGUCAUAUGGACGCCUCAUCUAGAGCCCAAAGCAAUCCUCGGGUACUGCUGGUUGAUGACAAUGACAUUAACCUUCGGCUUAUAAGGGCUUUCAUGAAAAAAUGUGAUAUCACGGCUGUAGAUACAGCACAGAAUGGCAGAGAAGCCGUCAUCCUAUUUGAACAGAUGUUGCUGGGGUAUGAUCUCGUUUUCAUGGACAUGUCUAUGCCCGUGAUGAACGGGUUCGAAGCAACUCGCGCCAUACGUGCGAUUGAAAAAGAGCGGGAUGGCUGCAUUCCAGCCAAGAUUAUCGCUUUUACUGGACUCAGUAGCUCGCGCGACGAGUCUCAAGCAUUGGACUCAGGGGUGAACAUAUUCCUUACCAAACCUGUUCCGUUUAAGGAAGUAUUGCGACUGCUCGAAGAUUGGGAAAUUGGACUACCAGUGCCAAGAUAA